AAUACCCACAUUUUGAUGUUUAGUGAACAAGACAAGGCACGUACACGUUUCCGUACUAUGGGUAUUUUUCUCUUUUCAACUACAUAACGAUUGGGCUUAUGGGUAGUUUGGGAGUUGCCUUCAGUAACCUGAAUUGACACAUUUCUUACUCACAGGUCAUCAUGUCAGAUGUAGUAUUUGGAUUUAUUUCCUGCAUUGCAUUUGUGGUAAUCGUUCUGUUUAAUGUUGGAGUCCUCACACCUAACUGGGUAACAGUGCAAGAAACAGUUUCAAAUUCCACCAAUUCUACAAGGAGCUGCACGUAUGGUUUAUUCCACAGUUUAGAUUGUCCAGACAACGAAACUGUUUUCGAUGGCACGAUCCCUGCACUGAACAUAGCGACCUCUCUUUGUCUGACAGUCGUCCCGCUGCUUUGGGUUCUCUUCUCCUGUCUGCUUUGUUGCUGUAAAACAGACAAAUCGGACUGUCCAUGCGUAGAUGGUUGCUGCAGCAGUUACUCGUUAUUCUAUGCUGUGGGAGGUCUGCUUGGAUUUGCAUCCCUUUUGAUGGUAGCUUCCAAAUUCAAUACUGAACAGCUAGGAUGGUCCUUCUUCAUGACAGUUGUGGCAACUUCAAUCAUUCUGCUGGAGAUCGUCGCUUUGGUUACUUAUUGCGUUUGUUCCCGAAAUACGAGUGAAAAGUGUACGCUAUUCCUCGUGUACAGAAGGCGUCAUCAGUGGGAGAGGUUUUAGUGAUUUAGAGAAGAGUGAGGAGGCAGUUGCGGAAGAGAUCAGUUUUGAUUGUCAUAUGACAUAAUAUAACUACAGCAUGCAACAAAUUGUAAAAUGUAGAACAUUUGCAGAACAAGACUAAUUUUUUGUUUUAUUUACUGAACUUUUACAGCAACCUACACUUCUUAUCAGAUAUACAUGUUUUAUUCAUGUGUUUUCUUGUUUUAAAGCACUGUAUCAUGCGACUUCUUAUUUAUUUGUAUUUAGCAUUAUAAUAGCUUUAAACAUAUUAUAAAGCAUCUAGUAAACAUAUCAAACAUU